GGCGUCGCGUUGCAUCUCUCGUGCUAUGGUUUGGUGCAUGCACGCAUGUGGGAGCAUUCGAGGUAUAGGUUGGAGCACGUGUUGUGUAUUGGUGCAAUUCGUACUCGACAAGGCUAACCUUAAAACGUUACAGAAUGGCGACCAGUGAAGACAAAAAGGUGGAGCAGCAAAUUAAGAAGGAAUCACACAGCAAAACUUCACCAGCUACAACUCCAACCACAACUAGUGCAUCAACUACAGCUAUCUCUAAUUUACCAAAGAAACCUAACUACUCCCUGAAGUUCACCCUAGCUGGCCAUACAAAGGCAGUUUCUUCUGUGAAAUUUAGCCCCAAUGGAGAAUGGUUAGCCAGCUCUUCUGCAGAUAAAUUGAUCAAAAUAUGGGGUGCAUAUGAUGGAAAAUUUGAGAAGACUGUUUCUGGCCACAAACUGGGAAUUUCAGAUGUUGCUUGGUCAAGUGACUCCCGCCUGCUUGUGUCAGCAUCAGAUGACAAAACUCUCAAAGUGUGGGAUUUUAGCACUGGAAAGUGUUUGAAGACGUUGAAGGGUCAUAGCAACUAUGUGUUCUGCUGCAACUUCAAUCCACAGUCCAACCUGAUUGUUUCCGGCUCGUUUGAUGAGAGUGUAAGGAUAUGGGACGUGAAGACUGGAAAAUGUCUGAAGACUCUGCCAGCACAUUCAGACCCUGUGUCAGCUGUUGAUUUCAAUCGUGAUGGGUCUCUCAUUGUGUCCAGCAGCUAUGAUGGGCUUUGUCGAAUCUGGGAUACAGCAUCAGGCCAGUGCUUGAAGACAUUGAUCGAUGAUGACAACCCCCCAGUAUCAUUUGUCAAGUUUUCACCCAAUGGCAAGUACAUACUGGCUGCUACGUUAGACAACACGUUAAAGUUGUGGGACUACAGCAAAGGCAAAUGUUUGAAGACUUACACUGGACACAAAAAUGAAAAGUAUUGCAUUUUUGCAAAUUUCUCUGUGACAGGAGGCAAGUGGAUAGUGUCUGGUUCAGAGGACAACAUGGUCUACAUUUGGAACCUACAAACCAAAGAGAUUGUACAGAAAUUACAAGGCCACACAGAUGUGGUGCUAUGCACAGCAUGUCAUCCCACGGAGAAUCUGAUAGCUUCUGCUGCUCUUGAAAACGAUAAAACUAUCAAAAUAUGGCGCUCUGAUUGUUGAUGCUUGUGGAGAAUCAAGAGAGGCUUGCAUGAUGUACGUGUAGUUGAUAAGUUAACUGUGACUUACCCUUCAUCUCAGACAGCAUUUUUUGUGUGUAUGUGUCAUUUGUAUGGCAUGGAGUAUUGGGGGUUUUUUGUUUGUUUUUUGUGGGGUUUUUUUUUGUGUUGGUAUGUUUUAGUAUGCCGUGGGAAGACUUGUCUGUACAGUAUUUUGGGCAGGUCAAAGCUUGAGCUUCUCUGAGAUCAUUACCUAACUAAUGCAAAGUCAGUGAUGAGAAUGACUGGGUAUAGAGUCACCGUCUUUAGGAAGAACAUUUUUCUUUGAAAUAGCAUUUGGCUUUUGAAGCAGUGCCAUUGUUUUCAUGAUGGUUUAUGUCGAUGUUGUAUAAUAGUUGGGACACAAAUGCUUACGUAAAUGGAACACAAACAAUUAAGUCAAGUUCAGCAUGCAUGAGGAAAGACUGUAAUUGGACGUUGAGCACCUAAACAUUUUCAUAUUUUAAUGUUGAGGAUUUAAGACUUGAUAUUUGAAAUGGGUAACUUAUCUGAAAAUUGUCUUGAUUUUGUUGAGAGUUUCACCAGUGAAAGUCAUAUUUCACCAUAUUUCAAUUGUUAAAGGCAUUAUUGUUCUUGUUUCACCUAGUUACAUACUAUAGUCUAUUAACUAUUACAGAUCAAAACAAGUGUUGUAAAAAUGUCACAGAAAAGUCCCAACUGCACCGGUUUAUGUUGUCUACAGUGUGAGCCCAUUGUUGACCAUGGAAUACACGUAGAGUGAGCACUACAGUAAUGCCAUAUCCGUACAUGUAAAUCGUAAAUUAUUCUGUCAUGUUCUUUCCUCUAUUUGACUGCUAGAUUGGUUUAUUUCUGUAGUUCACUUUUGGGAUGUGCUCAUACUGGGUGGAUCAUUCCAUGUACACCCAACAAACUUUGGCUGUUACUCCCUGUAUCCCUCCCCCCGGCAAUAUAGGGGUUAUGAAUACAUCAAGCGAUGACUACAAAGUCCGAAUGCAAGCUGUAAUGAGUUGGUAGUUGCUGAAGCUUGUUAAAUGUUGUUUUGCUUGUAGGAAAAAAAAUAAAACUCGAAAGCAGCCACUUUGUGUAGACGUGCUUAGAACUCUCAGCCCAUCCAGUUUAUUUGGACAUGGGCUUUGCUUCACUUUAACUGUGAUAAAGUACAAAUGUUAAGCCAACAGAAAACAACUGCUUGUCCAAUUGAUACAUUGGUUUGCAAAAUCCUUUGCGACAAUAUUUAGUGUAAGGUACAGUGUGAUCUGCCCCCUUUCUACCAGCCUCUCAGUGGAUGCUCGCAUUUCAAGUCUCCGGAGCCCAACAGUCCUCCUAUACAAUAAUGACACCUGAUCGCACACAAGUUACUUUUAUCAGAAUGAAUCCCGUUCAGUUUAUUUUUCUAAGGAACUCCCAGAAAUUAGUCAGCAUAUUGCACUGAGUCGACUCUCGUUAUUACGAAGUCCGCGGGACCAAGUAAAAUCGUUCGGUGUAUCCGAAAUUCAUUGUAGUCGGAACGCAAUGCAAUGGCUACGGUGCAUUGAAUGAACAGGUUCAAUAAUUUUCAAGAUGUAUUUUUGCGUUUUUUUUCGCAAGCUCUCGGACAAGCACUUAGCAUACAGUGCUUAUUAAUAUAGGUUCAAUAAUCAUCUACAAUGCUAUGUAGUGUACAUGCAUACACGUGAACGCGGUUGAUGUUAAUCUCUCGGUUAUGAUUAAUCAAAUAUAUUGUGAUGUGUUUAGAAUAAUAAACUUCACUGUCAUAUACUGACAACAUGUUUA